UGUCAAUUUCACUUGUCAACAUUUUUUCGGGUGUGAAUAAUGACACGCCUUCAUUGCUGCCAAGAAUUACUUGCUUCAAGAGUGGUACGUAAGUAGCGACCGGUUUUACAAAAUGACUCUGGCGCAAUCGCUAUCGAUUUCGUGGAUUUGCACAUGUGUGUUCAUGGUACUCAUUUCAUUAAAGUUGGAAAACAGAGGGCAGUAUCUAUGGUUUGUUGUGUUCAUUCCUCGAUAUAUCAUUUGUUUCAUUGAUAUAGUGUGGCUGAUUGUACGAAUCGUCAAACAUGUUAGAAAUUAUCAGAAUCCACAGGAUGUUAGUAUGAAGCGAAAAGUUUGGUAUAUCCAUGUCUCGGUUUUGGAAAUAUUGUUCGAGAUACUUGUUUGUUUGAGAUUGGAUGGCAUUGCAUCAAUAAAAUUAUAUUUUGCUUUCAUUCCCCUCUGGAUUCUUUUAAUCGGACAAAUGGUCAAUUAUUUUCACUUUCAAAUUCUGGUUGUGAGAACGUGACUAUGAUUCCUUGAGAAUUAUCACAAAAAUUCUCAAUCUUAUAUUCUUAAUUAAUAGCAGGGGUUCAAACCUUCUUGGCAUGUAUUGUCUUGGAACAAGGAAAUGCACUAUUACAGCCAAAUUUAGAUCAAUGAAAUUGUUACUGGUUGCUGUGCUAAUUUAUUUUCAAUGAUAAAACAUUCCUGCUGAUUUUGUUUGUAGAAUGGUUUAAACUAACAAACAUAUACUAAUUCAUACAAAACCUCAUGGACGUGAUGCAGGGCUGUCAUUAAAAUGGUAACCUGAAUGAUUGAAGAUUCUAUUAUUACCAAGAACCUUUUCCAAUUCCAACGGAUAUAAUUACAAACAAAUACAAAUUACAAUGGAAGAAAUGCAGGAUAUUGUGAAAAUAAAAGUGAAUAAAUCAAAUCAUAUUUUUGACAGGGUGUUUUCAUUUACUGAGACAAAGUCUCAGGAGGAAUGUAGCCUGAUGGGUAGAGGGGAUAGACUUUUGAUGAAACACUUGAAGAAAAGAGCGGACAGCAAAUUGAAUUACGACUAUCCAGUUUUAUCCCAUUGUCAUAUUAGCGUGUUUAUGUUAGUUUGCAUAUUUCAUUUGGUGACAAUAGGUUGGGAUUUAGAAUAAACUUUCGAGAUUCGCAUGCAAAUGACUUUUACCAAAUCUGCAGAUGUCCGAUUAGUAGGUUAAUAAAGAAAGAUAUUUUUAAAAAGCGA